GGUUAAUCAAUAAAACUUUGCCUGAAGUCGCGCGAGGGAAUCAUGUGUUUCGUAAGGUGUCAAAGGAAGCAUCGGGCAUGGUCUAUUCCUUGGCUAAUCGGUUCUCCAAAACAAACGCAUCCUUUGUCUCUCUUUAUAUAAAUUCCUACAUGCGAUCGCACUUGGAACGGAGCACAUUAAAUUCCAUAAAAAAAAGUUCUAUUCAUUUCGCAGCGUACAUAAAUACAUACAAAAUCGCCGUUUUGUUAUUGUCAGAUUUUCCCCAUCUUCCGGCGACUUUUUCCGGUUCAGCUAUGGCUUGAUGUGGUUUUUCUUAGUUAACAAAGACUCCCACCAGCCUAUGCGCAUAGCUAUAUAUGCCUUUUCUUUUGAGGUACUUAUUUGUUGAAGUAGGAAGAGAGGGAGAAAAAAGUCUUUGCUGAUUUUCCCACAGGAGCCCUAUCCACGGAAGAUAAAAAAGAGGGACGUCCAGGACAAUAGAUACAAAAAAUCAGGUGGCAAAGAGAGCCUUUGGUUAGACCUAUUCACAAAGGAUUAUGUUUUAGUUGUGGUUCUCAAUAAACUACCAUGGCAAUAAAAUCCUACCAAGAUCAGGCAGAGCUGCUGCUGAAGGAAUAUUUGCUAGCUGGUUCUUCUAUCCUAUACACUUCUGUUAUUGUUGGCAUUUGUGCUUGCAAGAUGGUUUAUGAUCUUACGCAAUUGUCCAGUCUUGUUUACUUCAAGAGCUAUUCCAACCUUACAAAAAUGCAACGUAUUGAGUGGAAUAACCGGGCAAUAUCCACAUUUCAUGCCAUUUUCAUCACGGUUAUAUCUUUGUACUUAGUAUUCUGCUCAGAUCUGUACUCUGACUAUCGUCCUGGUCUUAUAAUAUUUCGAAGUUCUUCACUGUCUGCAUUUGCGUUAGGGGUUUCUGUUGGUUACUUCAUUGUUGACCUUGGAAUGAUCAUCUGGUUUUAUCCUUUUCUAGGUGGGAUGGAAUACGUGAUUCAUCAUCUUAUUUCCAUGAUUGCUGUGGCAUAUGCUAUGUUGAUUGGGGAGGGGCAGCUUUACAUCUACAUGGUUCUGAUCUCAGAGACAACUACGCCUGCGAUCAAUCUGAGAUGGUAUCUGGACACAGCUGGAAUGAAGAGGUCUAGAGCAUAUCUCAUAAAUGGAGUAGUAAUAUUCUUGGCUUGGCUGGUUGCCAGGAUACUCCUUUUUAUAUACUUCUUUUACCAUGUCUACUUGCACUAUGAUCAGAUCAAGCAAAUACACAACUUUGGGAAACUUUUGGUUCUAACAGUGCCGGUAGUGCUGUCUGUGAUGAAUUUAAUGUGGUUUUGGAAGAUUAUCAAGGGACUGAAAAAGACAUUAACAAAGAGGCAUUAGCAAAGCAGAAACUGAGGAAUAUCUCAACUGGUGUUUACUCUGGUACUCUCUCUCUAGUGCACAUGCACGUUUGUAAAUGGCCUUUCAUAAUCUUCUAUUGCAUGAAGAUAUUUUGCUUUGGAUUGUAACAUUGAAUAUAAAUUUCAUCAUUCACUGUGAUAGAUGGUAAUUUGUGCAUGUUUAGAAUGGAGAGAACGUGGCGUUUUUCGUGUACUUACAUUAAAAAAAAAUUCCUUAAAUUACAACA